AUUUAUGUUGGCAUGGUGAUACUGAAAUGGGUUGAUUAACGUAUCCGACACAAUCUGAGCCGGGAUAGCGGUCUAAAGGAACAGUUUCCGGUAACUAAAAAGAUAGAAAUCCAUCAUGGCGGCAAUGUACGCGAUUUUCGUAAUAUUGCCAACACUCGUUACAUCCAGUUUUUUCCAGAUAGAUUAUCCAAAUGUAAACAUAUCUUCAGAACCAAACGGGGACCUGAUAUUUGAGGCUGGCCAGAGUGGAGAUGUUAUCCUGAAGCCUGGGGCUGGUGGAACCGUCUACAUAGCCGGUGUGGACCUGCGAAAAAUCAUCGAGAAAGUGAAGAGCCUACCCCCUAUUUGGACAAAGCAGUCUGUUCAUGGGUCACUGGGUACAUUCAACGCAGGGAAAUCACUCUCGGUAUCCGCAGAAGCGAGGGAUCCUGACGGUCAAAGUAUUGUGUACGAAGUAGUAUCCGGUCACCUCCCUCCCGGCACUACACUCAAUAAUGCAACCGGGGUGAUAUCCGGAACUGCUCCCGACGUGGAUGCUACCUACCACUUUGAAAUUCGCGCCACCGAUAUUCACGGAAAAUAUGCUGACGGAUCCUUCAGCAUCAACAUCCGGGAACAGGACCAGUGUAAAAACAACCCAUGUGAGCAUGGUGGAACAUGCACGGAUGACCUGAAUAAAUUCACCUGUAGUUGUCCCAAGGGAUAUGGCGGGGACAGAUGUGAAUCAAUUUGUUCUCUGCGCGCAUUCGGAGUGGAUCAGAACGUUAAAAACAUCCCCGACGCCCAGUUGUCAGCUCACUUGACCUAUAGCACCUACAACGCCCACGAUGGUCGCCUGAACUCAAAGACGGGAUGGAUAGGGAAUGGAUCUGGGUCAUACUUACAGGUGGAUCUUGGUAACGUAUCGACAGUGUACAGCGUGGCAACACAGAGUUACCGUUCUUCCUCUUACUACACACUUACCUAUACUGUAACCUACAGCCAGGACGGCAACACCUUCCUCGGACGCCGCCGGAGUUGUCGGAACUUUUCCGCCAGUGCAAGUUACGACCUUGUGAUUAAGCACGACUUUAGGGCACCAGUACAGGCCAGAUUCGUCCGCUUUCACCCAAAACUGUGGCAUACAGGAGGCCAGCCUGGGCUGAGAGUGGAAGUAUAUGGUUGCAACUGAACAUUCCUUCAUUUUAUCAAUAAAACAAUCUUCGAAACAAU